AGGGGGAUAGAUGGCAUGUUGCAUUUUGUGGAAAUUGGAUGGUAUGCUGAGAUAUGUAUUUCUUGGAUUGAAUAUUAUGCAGGAGGAAAGUUAGUAUUUGGGGGCGAGAAUGAGUAGUUGCUUGGGGGUUUGAAAGAUGACUUACACUUGAUACUUGGUUAGUUAGUUGAUGGACGCGGAAUGAUGUUUGCUCUGUUUGCUUUAGUAUCUGGUGAUGGCUUCACUUUCCCUUCCACUUCCGGCUUCUCGCUCUCUCUUCCCCGCUGUUCACUGCCCCAUCUCUCAUCAUGCGUCCUCUCUCUCGGACGGCUCUCCGUCCCUACGUUUGCCCGUCUUGUCAAUUGGGCCGUCUUCCUGCCCGCAGGAGAUAUGCCUCCCACUCGCCCUCCAACGCUACGGCACCCGAGAUCUACGAUGUCGUCUGCGUCGGCGGUGGUCCUGCCGGUCUAGGCCUGCUGGCUGCACUUCGAGCUAAUCCUACCACCUCAAAGCUGAAAGUCGCCCUGGUCGAAACUCAAGACCUGAACAAAGCCCGCUCGUGGUCCCUCGAUGCGCAGAACUACUCCAACCGCGUCAGCAGCCUGACUCCCUCCUCCGUCUCGUUCCUGAAGAAGAUCGGCGCCUGGGAUCACCUUGACACAUCCCGCGCUCAGCCCUACCAGGAGAUGCAAGUUUGGGAUGGCGAAACCGGCUCGCGCAUCUCCUUCGACUGGUCCAUGGAGACCUCUCCGUUCGAAGACCUCCGCACCGUCGCGACCAUGACCGAGAACUCCAACCUCGUUCGCGCCCUCCUCUCCCGCAUCGCAGCCUCCGGAGAUGACAACCUCUCCCUCUUCUCCAACAGCACCGUCUCCUCCAUCACCAAUGGCACCGAUACCCCCGACGGCCCCGAUCUCUCCGCCUGGCCCGUCCUCUCCAUCACACCCACCAACACCACCACCACCCAACCGCCCACCCGCAUCGCCGCGCGCCUCCUCGUCGGCGCAGACGGCAUCAACAGUCCUGUCCGCCGCUUCGCCGACAUCGCCACAGACGGAUGGGACUACAACCGACAUGGCAUCGUCGCGAGCCUCUCCCUCGCCGACCUAGACCCCGCUCCGUUCCCUCUCGGAAUGAGAACCGCCUACCAGCGCUUCCUCCCCUCCCUAGGCGGUCCCAUCGCCCUACUCCCCCUCCCCAACAACAACGCAACCCUCGUCUGGUCCACGACCGUCGAAAACGCCGCCUACCUCAAAUCCCUCUCCCCGAAGGCCUUCAUCUCCAUGGUCAACGCCGCCUUCCGCCUCUCCAUGACCGACCUCCAAUACAUGCUGCGCAUGGAACGCCCCUCCUCUACUACAACCGAGAACCCCUACGAAGACGAACUCAGCUGGCGCCUCCAACACACCCCGCAGCCCUCCCACCUCCCACCCAUGGUCACAGGCGUCCAGGAAGGCAGCGUGGCCUCCUUCCCCCUCCGCUUCCGCCACGCCUCCACCUACGUCUCUCCCCGCGUGGCUCUCGUCGGCGAUGCCGCGCACGUCAUCCACCCGCUCGCCGGUCAGGGCUUGAACCUGGGUCUGGGCGACGUGGCGUCCCUGGCGCAGACGAUCGAGUACGCCGUGCACCAUGGUAUGGACGUGGGUGAUUUGCUCACCCUUGAGCGGUACGCAUGGGAUCGGUACGGCACAAAUGCGAAGAUCGGCGGUGCUUGUGAUGUUCUGCAUAAGUUGUAUAAUGUUCCGGGCAAUGGACCUGUGGCGUGGGCGCGCAGUCUGGGAUUGGAUGUAAUUGAUCGGGUGCCGUUUGUUAAGGGGUUGUUGAUGAAGGGGGCUGAGGGGUCGUAAAUCAACCUAUGUGUUUAUUAUGAGGUAGGGAGGGGGUAUGUGUAUUAUUAUUUUUUCUUUAGC